CCUAGGUAACUUGUUGGAGAGUUUCGGGCGGAGUCGGUGAGGAGAAACGGUUUAUAUGCCGGUGCCUGCCAGCGGACCGAGCUGGGUUCUCUGCUGUACCUCGGGACGUGGUUGUGCCACAGAAUUAAAGGAACAUUUUUGACACGGGAAUAAAUAAAAAAAAAAAUGGCUUCAAACAAAAACGACGGAGGAUGGAAGAAGUUCCUGUGGGACUCUGAGAAAGGAGAGGUGCUCGGUCGCACCGGCAGCAGUUGGUUCAAAAUUAUAUUGUUCUAUAUAGUUUUCUACGGCUGCCUGGCUGGAAUCUUCAUCGGAACCAUCCAAGCCUUGCUGCUCACCCUGAGCAACUACAAGCCCACCUGGCAGGACAGAGUCUCGCCCCCAGGCCUUUCACACACCCCACGAAUCGAAAAACAAGAAUUGUCCUUCGACCUCAACGACGUGAUGACCUACAUGCCUUACACCAGGGCCUUGAAGGACUUCCUGGCCAAGUAUGACGAAGAACUGCAGAGGGACCAGAUGAAGUACGAGGACUGUGGAGAGGAUCCCGCAAACUACAAGAACAGGGGCGACUUGGAGAGCGAGGUAGGCAUCAGGAAGGCCUGUCGUUUCCACAGGAGCCUGCUGGGACCCUGCUCCGGCAUCGAGGACCGCGAGUUUGGUUUCAAGGAGGGAAAGCCCUGCCUGAUUGUGAAGCUCAACAGGAUUGUCAACUUCCGUCCAAAGCCUCCUCCCUCUAAUGGAAGUAUCCCUGAAGAGGCUCAAUACAAGGCGCAGCCAUUUGUCAUCCCUAUCUACUGCACCAACAAGAAAGAGGAGGAUGCCGGUAAAAUCGGGGAGAUCAAGUACUACGGCAUCGGCGGCGGCUUCCCCCUACAGUAUUACCCUUACUACGGCAAGCUGCUGCAUCCCCAGUACUUGCAGCCGCUGGUGGCCCUGCAGUUCACCAACCUGACCAUGAACACUGAACUGCGCAUCGAGUGCAAAGUGUUCGGAGAAAACAUCGACUACAGCGAUAAGGACCGCUACCAGGGACGCUUUGACGUCAAGUUUACAAUCAGCAGUUUAUGACCGACAUCAGGACCAUAGCACUUUCCCAGGCCGCCCCUCCCCCCCCCUCUUCCCCCAACUAAAUACUAAUGUAGGAGAUUAUAAGUGAGGGGUGGGUAGGCUGUAGCGGUUAAGUCAAUCACAAAUAGUCUUGAAUGAAUAAAUGAUACCUGAUAGGGGACCGAUGUGUAAUCUUGUCUGCUUUCAUCACUAGCUUCUACACUUCUGUCUAGCGUUAGAAUGUAAUUUUAGAGGAAAAGUAGCCUAAUAAAAAUAUUUAUUCAGCUGUAAAUGAGACUUUUCCACAAGCCAUGGGACAUUGUUCAUUGAUGACUGUAAAGUUGAAAUCCAUCUCUGACGUGUAGCGAGCUGUGUUCGUCCCCUCUGCAUAUCGCUGCCUCGUGUGGUUCCAGUAGAUAUUUUUGGAGUAGUCGCAAAAAUCUGGUCCUUCCAAAAAAAAAAAAAACACCUCAUUAUCUUCAAGCUUUAGCAGUUCUUGUGGUUUGUGUGACAUGAACGCGCACUCCCACUUACUUAAUGAUUGAAAUGGUCUGACAUGGUACUGAUCUGUGUAAGGAAAAGGCUGCACUCCAGGGAACUUCUUUCCUCUUUUUAUUCGUCUUUUGCAUCUGAUCACGGGAGACUCUUUGUACUUUUCUUUCCUUGUUUUGCCUUGUUGAAUCAUUUAAAUGUGUGAAGGGGUUUUAUUACUUGGUUUCAUGCCUUCUACUUUGAUUUUUGCCUUUUUUUUUCGAUGUCGAGUUGUGUGUCCGGCCUGUCAGCCUGCUGUAUGGGCGACGGUGCUAACUCAAGAAGAUUUGUCUUUGCUGGAUUCAUCACAGCACUGUGGUGUAACUCUCUGAAUGUUUUAGCCAUUAAACAUGGUGGAAGAAUUUUAUAUUUAUGCAGUUGUACAUUUUGUUUUCUUUGCAGAAUAUUGUAAUGUAUAAAUGCAAUACCAAAGUGACGAGUUGAAGAGAGUCUAUCAGAAGCAAUACGGUACUCGUUUUUAGGAUCUCAUCAUGUUAAGUGCUAAAGUCAGUGUCUCGCCUUGCAACCUCAGCGGUUAACUCUUGAUUUGUGUUUUGGCCAUGAAUGUAGUUAGGUGUAGAAUGACCAGGUUUAAUUCCACAAUGACCUGAUUUCAUGCAUUUUAAGAAAAAAGAUACGAGUUCUUCCAGAGCUCAGUGGCUUCAGAUGAUUAAUGAUGUUGGCUUUAAUAUUCCAUAGGAUCUCAUGUUGAUGUAAAACACUCGACUUGAACAUCAGUCAACUUCCCAUCAGUUCAUCCAGCUUUGUCAUUUAAUCAAAGAUAGAAACAAAUAAAACCAUAAUGGACCUUU